AUGAGUGUCGAAUCCAACACCAUCACCCUCUUCGUCCUCGACAUCUCCUCCCGCAUGGGCGAGACCCGCCAAGUCGAGGAAUCCAUUGUCACCGAGAACCAGACCGUCGAACGACGCACUCGGUCCACCACGCAUCUGCAAUGGAUCUGCGAAUUCGUCUCUGCACGCAUAGCUGAGAUCAUUCUGCGCGGUCUCAAAACUACUCGCGUCGGUAUCAUCGCUUACGGUUCGCCACGCACCCACAACUCUAUCCCUAACAAUCCCGACUACGAAGGCAUCGAUGAGAUCUUCUGGCCCGCGCUUCCCACGCUCGACACGUUGGAUCUCGUCCAGAGUCUUCGCGCAGUGCAUCCUGACCAACAGUCGCGCGUCGCAGACCCUCUGGCUGCGCUCGUCGACGCAGUGCAGCUAUCGUCUGAUCCACAAAAGGGCGGCAUCAAGCCUUCACAGAAGACCACCUGGAAGCGCACAAUCUAUCUCGUCACAGACGGUCAAUCCGAAUUCACUCUGGACGGCUCGGACUCGAUCGGCAGAAAGUUUGAAGAGGAGAAUAUCGCGUUGCGUCUUCUGGGAGUUGACUUCGACGAUCCCGAGUCUGGCCUCAAGCUCGAAGGCAAAACCAAGAUCAAACUCAAGAACGAGCGCUUCUGGCAAAAGUUCCUCGCGACCAUUCCCAAUGCUGGAUUCGCGACGGCUGCCUCGGCGAUCGCCCAGUCCACUAUGCCAAACGUCCAAGUCACAAGACCGGCUCCCUCAAAGACCGUGCUCAGCUUUGGCGAUCCGGAAGACUUAGCUUCCAAUGGAUCAUUCCAGAUCCCCAUUGGUCUGUACAAGAUGACCGACCCAGCUCGACCUAUGACCCAGGCCAAGAUCUCCAAGCUGGCACGAGAGAGCGCAGGCGCUGCAAGGGAGCGCGAACGAGAGGAAGCACGUCGCCACCAUCUCAACCCUACCUCCACCCCCGUAGCGCUGAAGAAGGAGGAGCUUCCCGAGUCCCCCGUUGUCUAUCGUGCCGAUCUCAAGAGAGAAUACUUCCUCCUCGACCAGCUCUCUGCCGUCGCAAACUCCAGCAAGGAGCCGGAACCGCUGCCGCCCGAGUCCGAUGAAAGCUUCACGAGGGCAUGGAAGCUCGGCGCCAGUCUCAUCCCGGUCCCCGACGAGAAUUUUGGCGUCAUGGAGACGCGCAAGAGCAUGGAGGUUCUUCACUUCUUCACUGCUGCCGCCUACAGGAGGGAGUACAACAUGGAUCAGAUCUGGUAUGUCUUUGCCGAUCAUGCCCAGGUCAAGGCACAGCUGCAACUUUCGACGCUCAUCAGGGCCAUGGCGGAGAUGGAUGUGCUGGCCGUGGUCAGGUUUGUCAGGAAAGAUGGCGCCGAGCCGGAGCUGGGUAUCCUCAAACCACAGGUGGAAACGCACAACGAGUACCUUUUCUAUUCGAAAGCACCUUUCCGAGAGGAUCUGCGCAGGUUUCCCUUCCCGCCGCUCGACAGGAUCAUCACUACAGAAGGAAUCGAGCUUCGCCAAGGGCCGACCAUCCCGGACGACGCAGAUCAGCAGAGCAUGGAUGCUUUUGUUGACAGCCUCGAAUUGCCGGACGGUUGGUUCGACGUACUGGAUUCGUACAAUCCCGCCAUCCACGGCUUGAAGACCGCCGUUCGCCACCGAUUCGUCCAUCCGGAAACCAAGGAUCUCCCUGGUCCGCAUCCAGAACUGGUCAAGUUCCUCGAAGCACCUUACGAUGUUAGGAAGGCUGCAACAGCAGCAGCACAAGAGUGCCGCGACCGAUUCAAGAUCGCCUACGUACCACCCAAGGGUAAUGCCGAUCGAAAGAAGCGCACUCUCAACGCGAUGCAAGAAGAUGCGAGGGAGCGACCUCGAGCCUCUGCAUCCUCUGCCCCAGCAGCGACAGCCGCAGAGGAUGGAGAGGCGAGGAAGGUCGCCAGAUAUGAAGCUGCCCCACCAGAAGAAGCGCAAAAGAGGCGCAUUGUACUCGACGAGGACUCGGACGUCACCGAAGACGAAGGCGAUGCUGCUGCGACCGCCAAGAUCGAGCCACCAUCCCAGCAGCCUGCAGCCUCCUCGUCCAAGCAACAUCUCCUCCGACUCUCUGACCCGGUCAAGCAUCUACACGAGCUGGUCGAGAAGGACGACGUCACCUCCGCGAUCAACUCCCUCGAGUCCACCCUCUACCAUCUGGUGGGCGAGGAGAAGUACGACGCGGCAGCAGAGUGCCUGAGCGCGGGCAAGAAGGUGGCGCAGGAGUACGAAGAGGCGAUCAAAUGGAAUUCGUUCAUCCGCACAUUCAAGAAGAUGCUGCUCAGAGACCACAGAACGUUCUGGGAUGGUACGAUCAAGGGGCACCUCGAGUACGGCCUGGUGACGGCGGAGGAGGAUGAGGCCGGCCAGUCGGAUGUCAUUGGGGACGAUGCGAGGGAGUUUGUCGACACCGACGAAGUUUGA